CAGAGGAAUAGAGACUUAAGGAGGAAAAACAGAUCAGACUGUUUUGCAGCCAUAGGAAAGGAUAUAUACCUUUACAAGAAAAAAGAUUAUUUGCAUAGUUCCACAGCCUCAGAGAUAGUGAUACUGAUAUGAUGAGUUUAAGGUGGAGGAGGGCUUUUGCCCAAUUUUACUUCAACAAGUUCUUUUGGGGAUAUGGGUUUUUUUUUUCCUUUUCCCACCAGCCAAUCCCCAUUGUUCAGUCAUUUUUCAUCUGAGCAACUGAAAAUCCCCCCAAGAACCUGAACCGUCUAUUUCCUGAUUCAUUUCAGAAAUUCCAUUUACUGGAUCGUCCCCCAAGAGACCACUCCGAGUCUUGUCUCUUUCUCUCUCUGCUCUCUCUUCUGAAUAUCUGAUGAAACUCUGAAUUAACUCUCUCUCUCUCUUUCUCUCUCUCUAUACAAGUCUAUGAUUCAGUUUAAUGAAUCAACAUCGCCUCCAUUCCACCAUGCAAUUAUUCCUUGUUCAAAUGUGAAGAUGAACAAGAACCCAUUUGAGAGGACCAGGUCUUUACCUGGAUUCCCUACCCAGAAGGCACUUGGGAGCUUUGGUGAUGCCAAUUGCAUGGAGCAACUCCUGGUCCACUGUGCAAAUGCAAUAGAAAGCAACGAUUCCACUCUAGCCCAACAAAUCCUUUGGGUUCUCAACAACAUCGCAACACCGGAUGGUGACUCUAACCAACGUCUCACUUGCAGCUUCCUUAGAGCUUUAAUAGUUCGUGCAGCCAAAACUGGGAGUUGCAAGAUCCUCACUGCAAUGGCCCAAGACUCCAAUUUAUAUCUCCAAACCCAUAAGUUCUCAGUGGUGGAGUUAGCCAGUUUCGUAGACCUCACACCUUGGCAUCGGUUCGGCUUCACCGCCGCCAAUGCCAUCAUAUCAGAAGCCAUUGAAGGUUUCUCCGUCGUCCACAUCGUCGAUCUAAGCUCCACUCAUUGCAUGCAGAUCCCAACUCUGAUCGAUUUAAUCGCGAAUCGCCCCGAAGGCCCGCCGUUCAUUAAGCUUACAGUCGCCGGAGCUACUGCCGAUGUGCCGCCUAUACUAGACCUCUCUUACGAGGAAUUAUGCUCAAAGCUAAUGAAAUUCGCGAGGUCUAGAAAUGUAGGAUUGGAAUUUAGGGUUAUUCCUUCGAGUUGGUGCGAUGGCUAUGCUUCGCUUAUCGAUCAAGUGCAACAAUUGGUCGGAGAAGGUGAAGCUCUCGUCGUUAACUGCCACAUGAUGCUUCAUUUCAUACCGGAAGAGACUCUUCGGACAUUGUUUCUUAAAGCGAUUCGAGGAUUAGAACCGACGAUUGUUGUUGUGGUUGAUGAAGAUGCAGAUUUCACAUCAAAUGACUUGGUUUGCAGAUUGAGAUCAGCUUUUAAUUACCUUUGGAUACCUUAUGAUACGGUUGAUACGUUCUUGCCACAAGGGAGCAAGCAGAGGCAGUGGUAUGAAGGUGAUAUAUAUUGGAAGAUAGAGAAUGUGAUAGCACAAGAGGGGUUGCAGAGAGUGGAGAGACUUGAACCCAAGAGCAGAUGGGUUCAGAGGAUGAGGAAUGCUGAAUUCCGGGGAGUGACAUUUAGUGAAGAAGCGGUUUCAGAGGUGAAGAACAUGCUUGACGAACACGCAGCCGGGUGGGGAUUGAAGAAGGAAGAAGAUGAUCUUGUGCUUACUUGGAAAGGACACAAUGUGGUCUUUGCCACUGCUUGGGUACCUGCCUAGCUAGAUUAAAGUAGACACUUCUUUUUCAUCAUUUUUUUUUUUUUUUCCAUUUUUUAGAUUGUUUCAGUCUCUGGCUAACCAAGAUUCUUCUACAUUCUGUCCUCCACGAGUACUGGAUGUGAUGAGGAGCUUGUACUUUUUGAGGGUAUUAAUCUGUUUCUGCUAUUCAAACUUUCCGUUUUCA